UUAAAUGUUUGAAUAUUGAUUUUAUAAUAUUUUUGAAGGCAAUGACUGAACCUUUGGAUUGGGAGAUAAAGAAUAAUUCGCCUUUUUUAUCCUCAAUAAAAUCUCUUAUUGCAGGUGGAUUUGGAGGUGCUUUAGCUGUUCUUGUUGGGCAUCCGUUUGGUACUUUUAAAUUCUCUUUUAUGGGCUAAAUUGAAUUUUUGAAGAUUUGAUAAAAGUACGUUUACAAACUGGAAAAGAAUUAUAUACAGGAUCUUUUGAUGUUCUUAGAAAGAUUAUUUCUAAAAGAGGGUUUCCUGUUUGUUUCUCAUAUUUUUUUAUUGUAGAAUAUGACUUUUCAGGGGCUUUAUCAAGGUUUUAUACCGCCUCUUCUUGGCACAGUUCCUAUUAUUGCAGUUACAUUUUGUGGUUAUGAUUUUGGGAAAUUUUUAAUGAAAAAAAAUUCAGGAGCUUCUGAUUUAGAAAUUCGUCAUAUAAUGUUUGCUGGAUUUUUUUCUGCUUUUCCUGCUACAUUUGUAACAGCGCCAUUUGAGCGAGUUAAAAUUAUAUUACAGAUUCAAGGGCAGAAUGAAAAGAAUAAAUUUAAUGGUAUAUGUCAUGUUUUAAAGCAUUUGUAUAAAACAGAUGGUAUAAAAUCAGUAUUUAGGGGAGGUUAUAUGACAUUGGCGCGAGAUGCGCCAGGUUCUGCCGUCUAUUUUGGUGUAUAUGAAACUACAAAAAGAUAUAUGAUGGAAGAUAACUCUGAAUUAUCUCUUGGAACAACUAUUAUAGCUGGCGGUCUUGCUGGUAUUGCUAUGUGGUCUGCUAUUUUUCCAAUUGAUACAGUAAAAUCUGCUAUACAAGGUUCGGAUAAGAUAAGUGUAAAAUCCAUUUGUACAACGUUGUACCGUCAAGGCAUUUCACGUUUUUUUCCUGGAUUUGGGACAGCAAUGUUACGUUCAUUUCCCGCAAAUAGUGCAACAUUUUUAGGUGUUGAAGUUACUUAUAAGAUUUUAGAUAAAUUAUUUUAAGUCUCGGAAAAAUCAAUUAUUUUUAAACAUAAACAAAAAAAUAAGAUUAAUCACUUUUCAAUGAUAUAUUGUAUACAUAAUUCAUGAAUAUUAAUUCCACCAAAAACUUACGCUAAAACUUAUGCUUAAACUUCUUACAUAAUGCCACCAGCCUACCUAAUUUCGUUAGGUAUUUAAAUAAACAACAAUAAGAGGCUCAACCGGAAUAUAAAGGCAGUCACCAGGACCAAUAAUGCUUUCUACAUAUUUUGCUUGUAAAAAUUUGGGAAAUUUUUCUGUAUCUGGAUUAUCAAGAUCGACCUUUUAUAUAAAUUAACAAGUUUAUUCUAAUGAAUUUCUCCUACCUGACUCGUAUUACUCAUAUCUAUGCCCCCUUCAAUAGACCGGGGAUAUAACGCUUCUCUUUCCUCAGGUGCAUAUAACCUUACAUAUUUCCAUCCUACAACUUGAGAAAGAAUAUUAUGAUAUGGAUCUGUAUGUAAAGGACUAACAGUACCCUCCCCACCAAACCAUACAUUUAAAAGAGGUUCGUCUAGUGUUGGCAUCUCUUUAAUGUAUUCUUGCUGAUGAAAAGGUAUUGGCGGAGGUGUCAAAAAACAAUAAUCUGGAAUAACAAUCUGUUCCCUUAAUGCUGGUAUUUGAGAGAAUAAAUCAUGUUGUGCAAGAUAUCCGAUUUCUUUUUCCUUGUUUUUUUCA